UGUUCCUUUGGACGCGAUCUCCAUCGAAGUGGGUUGACUUUGUGCUUGAUAACGUUGUACAAUUUUCUAGUGACAGAGUGUCUCCCGUCCUGAACAGCAACUGUGCCAUAAAUCCCUACAGAGAAGUUGGCCUUACCCUCAGUUGGAGUGAAUUUUUGUGCAGACCUGCAUAAAAUUCGACGCGCCGGUGGUAUCUGAAAUACAGUUGUGCCGAAUUCAUGCCUGCCUCAUCUAUCCCGUCUUCGUUUACAUCCUCGCCGAUUUUAUUUUCAACGAACAUUGCUGUAUAAGCUGAGAGCAACCGGAAUUGAUUUGUAGUGAAACAUGACGACUAAGGUCUACGAUCCGCAAAUGCCUCUCGUUGAACAGCUCCUAGCCUUAAAGGAUCCGCGCACGGCCGACUGGGUAACAAUGAAGGACCCUAAAUAUAUUGCUAUAACCAUUCUCGGUUACCUGUAUAUGGCCAAAAUUUGGGGUCCACGAUUCAUGCGGGAUCGUAAACCAUACGAUCUCAGUCGAGUUAUCCAGUGCUAUAACGUGUUCCAGAUCAUAGCAAAUUCCUACUUUUGCUCACGGCUUUUCUACCUUGCCUUCAACAAAUUGAAUUAUUCGCCAUUUUGUCAAGGCCUAUCCUACUCAAUGCAACCUGACUCAGUAGAGCUUAUUAACACGCUUUAUUAUUAUCUAUUGGUUCGUACAAUUGAUUUCGCGGAUACGCUAUUUUUCAUACUUAAAAAGAAAUUUACGCAUAUCUCUCAGCUGCAUGUAAUUCAUCAUACAAUUGUCGUAUUUGCGGGUUGGCAAUUUUUGCGCUUUGGUGCGGACGGCCAGAGCGUUUUGGCGGUAUGUCUUAAUGCGACAAUCCAUAUUAUCAUGUAUUCAUAUUAUUUUCUCGCCUCGCUAGGUCCCCAAAUGCAGCCUUACCUUUGGUGGAAGAAGUAUCUUACUACAAUACAAAUUGUUCAAUUUCUCCUCAUGAUAGGCCACGCUCUCAUUCCUGUCUGGAUCGACUGCGGAUAUCCUCGUGUACUCCUGUGCGUUGCAAUCCCACAGGUUAUACUUAUUUUAGGAUUUUUUGUUAACUUUUAUAUACAGAGCUAUAUGACGACAAAAAAAGGAAGAAAUACGUCGGGCCAAACAGAGACCGCCAAAGAUCAACAUAUCGUAGGUAAUAGCACGAUGUGCUUCUCAAUGGUUAGCUUUGAAGAGCCCAAAAAAAACGAAUGAGUACCAUCCAUUUCGACCUACAACCGUUGUGAUUAAGGUUAUGUUAUUUAGUACAUUGGUGUUUAGGCGCAUGCCAUUUUAGGUUUGUUGGCAGUUGGUUGAUUGGGCACAACAAUCGACCAAUGUCGCUUCACCCUUGCUUGCUUGCUUGCUUGCUUCGUACGACAACACAAAAAGCAGUAUCGUGCAGUAUUAAUAUUUACUUAAUUAAUGCAUUUAAUAGGUCAUUUAAUUCGCACAGAAUUUUCGUUUAUAGAAGAAGUAUAUAUUUACGUUUAGGCGUUAUAUAUAUAUAUAUAUUCUGCUUGAGGAGGUAUCUGUACUCACGAUAGCAUUCUAGCACGGAACAAAUACUAACUUGAAUACAUUGGCUAUAUGUUACUGUCACACUUACUUAUACAUAGCCAUUUUAGUAGAUAAACGAAAACUUCGAAAUGUGAUAACUAGUGUGAGCGUAUGUGUUUAUAUUACAACAGAUCUCUAAGAACAGGGAAUUAAUAAAAACAAAUCUAGAGACUUUUGUUGGUUUAAAUCGGCCCAGUCCUCAGCCUGGUAUGUUGUUUCCUAACGCCUUGAAGUAACCAGAUAGGCUGGUCCCCUGAUGAAUAAUCUCAAGCAGAAACAAUGGAGGAUCUGUUGCGGAAUUUCUUCCAACUGAUUGUCUUGUAAUUCAUAUUCUAAGGUAAUGUUUAGACUGUUUAUGUCCGGUACUCCGUAAAGAGUUAGUUGGCGAGCACGAAAUGACGCGUGCCUCCUCCGAAAUGAGAUCUUUGUUAGGCAGUUUAUCAUAUGGAAGAGGAAACAGAAACGACAAAUUGUCGAGAAAAACCGCUGAGGCACAUCCAGGCUGAGUAUUAGGCCAAAAAUCCUGCAACAGUAGCCUGCUGUGCAGAUGUUAAGAUGAAUAAGAAAAUAAUGACGUUCACAGAGCGGACGGACGUUUAUUCUGCUAUAUCUAGCUAGGAUAUAUGCUAGACUUUGUUUUAGAGCUAACGGUCAACUUAGUGUAUCCGCUUUCAUCAACUCCAGAAAUACAAACGAAAACGGUAACAUUGUCGAACAAGAUAUACACAUGAGUUCCUAUACACCGAUGACAGUUCUUCUUUGUAGAAGGUUCGUAGCCUAUUCGAACUUAAACAAGAAACAGCAUCGGGCAUAUAGUCUACUAUCACAAGAAACAAUCAUAAGGAAUCGCUGGAGUGGAGGACGGGGUGGCGAUAAGAAAGAAGGCAAGGUCGUCUAUGUGUCGGCUGGCGAAUCAGGGAACCAUUAGCAAGGCAGAUGGGGCUGAUACGUAGAUCAUGUACGUGUCGGUCAACUCAUAGUGAGUAUUCCGUGAUGCUUCGCGAACCUGCGCACAAUCGCUGACAGAGGAGCACGCUACCCACUGUGGAUGAACGAAUAUACACAUAUACGUGUAGAAAAGCAGCGUCGACUUAAACUUCUGUUGCAAAAUUGUGGAACUAGCGCGAACCUCUGCAACACAGAGAUCUACGGAAUCUGUCGUUUAUGAAAGAUGGCACUGGAAUGGAUAUACGUUCAUUUCUAGCUGAGCGCGUCGAAGCUUCGCAUAACGAUGGACGUAAAUCAGACCGUACUUGUACAUAAAAUCAUUUGAAUAAUGUUGGAACAGUUUAUAGAAGAUCGCAGUACCAGUCUCAGCGAUAGAAAUAAGCUCUCUCACUUUACCUUCACUUCGUCCAGAACAAAAACAGGUAUUCUGAUAUAGGCUGUUUAUUUAGUUAGAAUUUUGCUACCUUAAUAAAAAAAAGGGUUUGAUAGAUACCUAAAUUGGUUGCCUAUUCGUCAUUUUCUAAUAAAAUGGUGUUAGCUUGUCUCUGCAGUUUCGGAUAAGAUUAUGAUUAUACACCGAUCCAUGUUUACAAAAACAUGGCAUCUUCCAAUAAAUUA